UCUACAGAACACAUGUCAGUCACACUUGGACUGCGAGGCGGACGAGACGACGGGCUUUUUCCUCUCCGAUUUCCGUCACUUUUUCCACCUUAUUUGACCUCCUGAAAUGGCCUCCUGACUCGCCCAACGAUGGAUUUAGUGUGUUCGUGACACAGCAUGUUCACUAGCUAUGAGCGGCUAGAAAAACGUUCGGGCAAGAAGGGUGUCGACCGUCCCGAAUACCUCAAGGAGCUUGUACACGAGUUCACCACUUCAGAGCAUCUUGCAUCCAAAGAACAAGUCCUCGCCAAUCUUGUGAACUUUGCCUAUGACCCAAUCAACUACCCUUGGCUAAGGAAGCUCAAGGUGAUUGACAUCUUCCUGGACCAGCUGACGGAAGGGACAGCCACUCUAAGGGGCUUUGCGGCUGCAGGGUUGUGCAACUUAGCUCUCG